GCGCCUGGAGCGCAACAUCUACCACAAUCAUAGUCCAAACGUCAAAGUGUGCAGAUCAUUUAUUUCCUGCUUUUUAUAUGGCAUUAGUGUCCUGUAAUUCACAGAAGCAAUAUGCUUGAGUUUACAUAUUCACAACUUUUUUGGAUCACUGCUGUGUUUGCUGCUGUAUACGCUUAUUUGAAAUACUAUCUCUAUAAUUAUUGGAAUAGAUACAACGUUCCCAAUGAAACGCCAUCAAUACCUCUUGGGAACGUUCCUCUCGACUUCCUGAGAGGAAAAAUUCAUUAUGGGGGCUUUAUUGACUCGAUUUAUAAAAAAUUUAAACACUACCGUUUUUGUGGUAUUUACGUAUUUCAUAAGCCAAUCUUGUGUAUCAAUGAUCCAGAACUUAUUAAACUGAUUCUCGUCAAGGAUUUUGAUCUAUUUCCCGACCGCGGUUGGUUUUACGAUGGCAAGAUUGACCCAAUGUCCAGUCAUUUAUUUCUGCUACCCGGCGAAAAAUGGAAGAGACUGAGAGUAAAGUUUGCACCUAUUUUCACAUCUGGCAAGUUGAGACAAAUGUAUCCCUUCUUAGUUGAAAUUAGCAAGCAUAUGAUCAAGACAUGCGAUGCAGAGUUGAAAACUACAGAUACAGUGGACGUCAAUGACAUUCUAGCGAGGUUUACGACUGAUGUAAUAUCAUCCAUAGUAUAUGGACUUGACUCCAAGAGUCUUGAUGAUCCAAAGAGCGAAUUCCGAACGAAGGGUGUAAAGGCGCUCAGCUUUGGCAGCUUUAACCUGUUGGUGGCGUUGUUCGCACCAGAAAUGAUGUCAUGGGCGACUGUCCCGUUAUACCAGGAAAAUGUGUCAGAAUUCUUUUUGAAUAUUUUCAAGGAAGCAGUUAACUAUCGUCGAAAAGAAAAAAUCCAGAAGAAAGAUUUUCUCGAUCUUAUUAUGCAGCUCAUUGAUUCCGGAAAAGUUGAUGAUGAAAAUAAAAUCUUGCAAACGAAUGGAAAGAAUUCAGAACAUUUUGAUAAACUAACAAUAGAGGAAGCUGCAGCUAAUGCAUUUGUUUUCUUCCUCGGAGGCUACGAAACCUCCUCUUCGACUACGAGUUUUUGUUUGUACGAAUUGGCACAAAAUCCGGAAGUACAGGAAAAAUUGCAAGCAGAAAUUGAUGAAGUCGUGAGGAGCCUCACCGGGCUUACUUACGAAAGUAUAGCAGAAAUGGAGUAUCUUGAUAUGGUACUUUCAGAAACUCUACGGAAGUAUCCAUCUGGGGCUACUUUGAAUCGAAUAGCCAAGGAAGAUUAUCCACUUCCUAACACUGAUUUCGUGAUUAAGAAAGGUAUGCGGAUAAUAAUUCCGCUUUCAGGUAUACAAAAUAAUCCCGAGUACUACCCGGAUCCCGAAAAGUUCGAUCCUUUGCGCUUUACCAAAGAAAAGGUAGCUGCAAGAAAUAAGUAUGUUAAUAUACCUUUUGGAGAUGGAGGACGAAUUUGCAUUGGUAAACGCUUUGCCGUGAUGCAAGUUAAGAUAGUUCUGACUGCGAUGCUGUACAACUACCAAUUCAGUAUAAGCCAAAAGACGCAAGUUCCACCAAAAUACGAGACUAGGAACUUCACGCAAAUUGCGCGUAAUGGGGUUCAUUUACGUGUUGAAAGAAGAUAAUGGAGAAUUUUUUGGAGCAGAGUUUGACAAAAAGAGAAGCUUUAUUAGUGUGUGUGCGCAUGUGUGUACUGACUAUUGCCAUUAUAUCAAUGUGAUUGAACUUAUGUGUUUCACUAGCAAAACCAGACCAUCUGUAGUCAAUCGUGAUUUUCGGCCUCUCGGUGGUUGUUAUCGCUCUGUGGCGGCACCUGUCGAUUUCACGUCCAACGGCAAAAACGUGCAGAGGAGACUUCGACUCCAUGAUUCUAUCUGUAUAUACCUCUCUCGAGUUUGAAGCGGAAAAAGAUCGACGUGUAUUAUGUAGCUGCGGGAAUAUAGUAGCAUAUAGGCGGAAGUGGUGAAAAUUAAUUUACGAAUCGAGAGAGAGGUACAUCUUAUAACAAUUGGGCAAGAGUAAAGAAUUC